ACCAAAACCGAAUCGUUUCCAUCCUUCGUUUUAUUGUCCAGAAGCAUAAGGGAAGAGAGAGAGAGAGAGAGGAGUGAAACCCUAUAAUGGAUAGCAAAUCCGGCCAAAAAGCCAGAGCCGAACACGAGAGGGAUAGAGAUUCAACCGAUGAAUACAAAGAUUCGAGUAGAGAUCGAGAGCACAAGCACCGUAGCAGCAAACAGAAAUCCAAGAACGGCGCCGACGAGGAUCGCCGCCGCCACCAUCACCACCACGACUCUGGUGAGAAGCACCGGUCCAAGCACGAGAAGCACCGACACCGCGGAGGGGAUGACCAUCGCAAAUCGAGGGAGUACUCUGAGGACCGCGAGAGAUCGGUCGAGCCGAGGAGCCAGAGGGAAGGUAGCAGAGAAAGGGUUCACGGUCAUGGCGAGAAGCGCGAGAGAUCGCACGAGCCGAGGACUGACAGAGAGGGUAGCAGAGAGAGGUGUCGCGAUCAUCGCGACAAGCGCGAGAAGUCUAACGAGAGAGAAGGCAGCAGAGAUAGGUUUUUGAGAGAGGAUUCUGUGGAGAGGCGGCAUUAUAAGAGGAAAGAUAGAGGAGAGUGUGAGGAUCUGUUUGAAGGGAGUGAGAAGAGAGCUAGAUUUUCCAACGAGGUCAAGGAUGAGAGGAAGGAUAGGAAGGAAAGGAGGCAGUUGGAAGAUCGAGUUGUUGAGGACGGCGAUGAUAAGGAAUUGAACGGAGGAGAGAAAGGAGAGCGGAGAGAAAGGAGGAGAUUCGAGGAUGGAGUAAAGGAAAGUGAGGCAAACGAGGCUAAGGAGAGUCGUAGAGAAGAGAAGAGGGGGAGGAGGAAAUUUGAGGAUCGCGUGAAGAAGGAAGAGAUGGAUAUCGAUGAGGAAAGUAAACAGAGGGCUUUUGACGAAGGUCUUUUGGAGAAAGAACCCAAAGAUGAGCGAUAUGAUGACAAUAGUAAUGCCAAUGCAACAAAUGGGGAUGGUUCAACUGAUAAAGUUGAUGCUUUGGGUCUGGCAAAUGGGGCCUUUAAGACUCUACCUGAGACAUCAUUGGCCCCUAUCCUUUCCCCUCCUACCAAGGUAUCUUCAAUUUCUACCGCAAAUGAAAAUAAGGGAGUUAAUAUUACCGGAUCUCAUGAGGUUACUGAAAAAUCUAGUACAGAUGGGGCAGCUUCAGCUGGCAAAAGUGGAAAUCUUUCUCUUGAUGCUUUAGCAAAAGCCAAGAGAGCUUUACAAAUGCAAAAGGAGUUGGCAGAGAAGUUGAAGAAACUUCCAUUGUCAAAUAAAGGGGCUACCUUAGAUGGUACCCCACAAGUGGCAUCAAGGGAAGUUAUCAAGGCCCCAUCAUCUAGUUCUGGAUUACUUCCUACACCUGUGAGUACGUCUAUUUUCCCUGCUGCUCCUGCAGCUUCUAUCAAUCCUGCUGCAAGUGCCCUGGCUCAGCAAGCUGGCCUCACAGCUCCCAAUCUUGAAGCUGUAAAACGUGCACAAGAGCUUGCUGCCAAGAUGGGAUUUCGGCAAGAUCCACAGUUUGCUCCUCUUAUAAACAUGUUCCCAGGACAGUUGCCACCAGAGGUUACCUACCAACCCAAGCCUGCUAAGGCCCCUGUUCUUCGUUUGGAUGCACUAGGUAGAGAAAUAGAUGAGCAUGGAAAUGUGGUGAACACCACUAAAGUAACCAACCUGAGCACUCUGAAGGUGAACAUUAACAAACAAAAGAAAGACGCAUUCCAAAUUCUUAAACCUGAAUUGGAUGUGGAUCCAGAAACAAAUCCUCAUUUUGAUGCCAGAAUGGGUAUUAAUUCAAAAAAGCUCUUGAGACCUAAGAGGACUAAUUUUCAGUUUGUAGAGGAAGGUAAAUGGUCGAAAGAGGCAGAGAUCAUUAAACUGAAGAGUCAAUUUGGAGAAGCACAAGCCAAAGAGCUAAAGGCAAAGCAAGCGCAGCUGGCUAAGGCAAAGGCAGAACCUGAUAUAAAUCCAAACCUAAUAGAGGUAUCACAGAGAGUUAUCACGAAAGAAAAGCCAAAAGAACCAAUUCCUGAAAUUGAGUGGUGGGAUCAACCUCUUUUACAAUUGGCUGGUUAUGGUGAUAUCAUUGAUGGUAACGUAACUGAAGAUAAACUGAGGAUGGAGAAGAUCACUAUUUAUGUGGAGCAUCCACGUCCAAUUGAGCCCCCUGCUGAACCAGUUCCUCCGCCUCCUCAACCCCUGAAACUAACCAAGAAGGAGCAGAAGAAACUCCGUACACAACGGCGUCUGGCUAGGGAAAAGGAUAGGCAGGAGAUGAUUAGACAAGGCCUGAUAGAACCACCUAAACCAAAAGUUAAAAUGAGCAAUCUCAUGAAGGUUCUUGGCUCAGAAGCAACUCAAGAUCCCACAAGGCUUGAAAUGGAAAUCAAGAGUGCUGCUGCUGAGCGUGAGCAAGCGCACAUUGACCGGAAUAUUGCACGCAAACUGACUCCUGAUGAACGACGUGAGAAGAAAGAGAGGAAGCUUUUUGAUGAUCCAAACACAAUGGAGACUAUAGUUUCAGUAUACAAGAUCAAUGACCUUUCACAUCCACAGACUCGCUUCAAGGUUGAUGUUAAUGCACAGGAGAACCGGUUGGCUGGAUGUGCUGUUAUUUCAGAUGGUAUGAGCAUUGUGGUUGUUGAAGGUGGUAGCAAGUCUAUUAAGAGGUACGGAAAGCUUAUGCUUAGGCGUAUAGACUGGGCUUCUGCCGUGAAAAAUGAGGAGGAAGAUAGGGAUGAAGACGAGGACAAACCUGUGAACAAGUGUGUGUUGGUGUGGCAGGGGAGUGUUGCUAAACCCAGCUUCAAUAGGUUUUCUGUCCAUGAGUGCAGGACUGAAGCUGCUGCUCAUAAAGUCUUUUACGAUGCUGGGGUCGGUCACUAUUGGGAUCUGGCUGUUAACUUCUCAGAGGGUGAAAUGUAAUGGAGGGUGGUGCCUGCACUGGUGGAAGUAAAAUCUCAGAGCUGGCUGGCGGGCUGGAUUUGCUUCGCUUCUUCCCAUUUGCAUUUUGGUUACUGGUUCGUUCUUCUUCUUCUUCUUCUUCUAUUAUGUGGUAAGUGCAUGCUUUAAGAUGUAGUGUUACAUUUUACAAAAAUGAAAGUCCCAUAAAUGUUGCUGAGUUUCCUAGUGAGAGAGUCCUAAUUGAUGAUAUGAUUGUAUCUCGAGAUAGAUUUAUAUGUAUAAUGCCCAUUUUAUGGAACCUUUACAUCAGAAGACCGUAUCCGGAAUUUGCAUCAGUUUCUGCAAUAUUUUCAAC